GAAAGAUACGGUCAGCUGCUGCUGCUGCUGCUGCCGCUACUUCUGCUGGGAUUCCGCUACAGGCCUUUAAGCCUCUACUGAGAAUGACCAUCCCGAGUGGACCAGUGAUAUCUGCCAGAGACUGCUCUCAGGUGGAAAACAAGAGGAGCACCUUGAGGUGGGACCUGUCUCCAGAUGAGAUCAGGACCCUGACAGAGAGCUUGAUUGACAGAGUGAAGAAGGUCUACGAUGACAUUGGAGCUCUGAACAUAGAAAAUGUCUCAGUUGAAAACACCCUGGAAGCCUUGGCUAAUGCCAAGCUGGAUUAUGCAUCAUCUCGCCAUGUCCUUGACUUCCCCCAGUAUGUUUGUCCUUCUAAGGAGGUCCGAUCAGCGAGCACAGAGGCAGACAAGAAGCUGUCCGAGUUUGACGUGGAGAUAAGCAUGCGGGAAGAUGUAUUCAAACGCAUUACUGUUUUGCAGGAGAAGUUCCAGGAUGACCUUUCACCCGACGAAAAGAGGUUCGCAGACAGACUUGUUACACUGGGCCAGAGGAAAGGAUUGCACCUGUCGAAAGAUAUACAAGAGGAGAUCAAAAGAACUUCCAAGCUAAUCAGUGAGCUGUCCAUAGAGUUUAACAAGAAUCUCAAUGAGGACAAUACGUUUCUUGUUUUUUCUGAGCGAGAAUUGGGUGGGCUAGCUGAUAGCUAUCUGAACGGACUGGACAAGGCAGCAGAUGGACGGUAUAAGGUGACACUGGAAUAUCCCCAUUACUACCCCCUGAUGAAGAGGUGUCACAAUCCUGAAACCAGGAGGAAGAUGGAAACAGCUUUUCACAGCAGGUGUAAAGAGGUAAACACAGCAAUCCUUGAACAGUUGAUACAACUGAGGGCAAAGGUUGCAGACUUACUUGGUUACAGUAGCCAUGCAAACUAUGUACUGGGAAUUAACAUGGCCAAAAAUGCAAGCAAUGUGUCUGACUUUCUAGACACGUUCUAUGAAACCCUGAAGCCCAUCGGAAUCAAGGAGAGGAAAUAUAUUCUUGCACUAAAGAAAAGGGAGUGCUUGAUGAAGGGCUACCAGUUUGACGGGAAGAUCAAUGCCUGGGACUUACCCUAUUACAUGAACCAAGUGGAACAGUGCAAGUUUGCAGUAAACAAGGACAAACUAAUUGAGUAUUUCCCGCUUGAUGUGGUGACAGAAGGACUGUUUGGUAUCUACCAGGAGCUGCUGGGUCUCAAGUUCACCGAGGUGGAACAUGCACACGUGUGGCAUGAAAAUGUCAAGCUUUAUUCAGCGCACGACGCUGAAACAGGCGAGGAGAUCGGUCAGUUCUACUUGGACUUACAUCCAAGGGAAGGAAAAUAUGGCCACGCCGCUUGCUUUGGGCUCAGGCCUGGCUGCAGAGGACCUGAAGGGAAACGCAGGCUUCCAGUUGCAGCAAUGGUGGCUAACUUUACCAAGCCCAGGAAAGGCUGGCCCUCCCUCCUCCAGCACCAUGAAGUGGAGACUUAUUUUCACGAGUUUGGUCAUGUCAUGCAUGAGCUCUGCUCUAAGACCACUUUUUCAGAAUUCAGUGGAACUCUGGUCGAGACAGACUUUGUGGAAGUGCCAUCUCAGAUGCUUGAGAACUGGGUUUGGGAGAAGGAGCCUCUAAGAAGAAUGUCUGGCCACUACAAGGACGGCACCCCGAUCCCAGACAGUCUGCUCGACAAACUGAUUGCCUCCAGAGUCGCCAACACUGGCCUGAUGAACCUGCGUCAGGUAGUCCUCAGUAAAGUGGACCAGUCACUGCACACCAGUCGUUGUGCAGACACAGCCGAGGUGUUUGCACAGCACUGCCAGGACAUCCUGGGUGUUCCUGCUACACCAGGUACCAACAUGACAGCCAGUUUUAGCCACUUGGCUGGAGGAUAUGAUGGUCAGUACUACAGCUAUCUGUGGAGUGAAGUCUACUCCAUGGACAUUUACUUCAGCCGUUUUAAAAAGGAAGGCAUUAUGAAUCCAAAGGUUGGAAAAGAGUACAGACGGGUGAUACUGGAAGCUGGCGGCUCCGUGGAUGGAAUGGACAUGCUGAAAGCCUUCCUUGGACGUGCACCAUGUCAGGACGCCUUCUUUCAGUGCAAGGGACUGAUUAAGUCACAAAAAACCCCUGUUAUAAUCUGAUAUAGCUUUAAAUUCUUUUUGUUAUAACAAUGUAUAUUUCUAAUUGUCUGGAUGCAUGUACACAGUCGUAGAAAAAUAGCUUUUGUUCAAGGUUUUGUACUUGA